AUGACGGACUCCACAGCCCCAUACCCGGUGAGCACCAUCCCGGAUCCAACUAUUGUCGAUCCGUCGACUGUGAACUGCCAGUGCGACCCGACAAAUCAACAGCCACCCAAAAGAGCAAGUCAGGGGGAACCUAAAUUCAAGAUGGACCAGGAGAUGAAGAUUAGUGAUAGCGUGGAGGGGCAAGGUAGGCGGAUAACUAUGAGAAAUCUAACAAAAAUGUGUGUUAUCUGUGCGCCUUCCUUGGAUAAUAUUGCAAAGAAAAUAAAGAAUAUAAUAUCUAUUGUUUUUGAAUUAUUCAAGGAACGUUUUUAUGAAUGCUUUGUGCAGCAGAAAGUAUUGCAGUCCACUAACACAAUAUAAUAGUCUGUCGAUAGUACAAAGUAAACCAACAUUCUAUGUACGUUUCGUAUUGUUUUUCUUUUAGCAGAAGUAUCUCAAUAAACUAAACUGUCAUAGCAAUGCAUUUGAGUUACUCUAAACGCUUAUGGGCUACUCCCAGCAUGUGUCAAGAAUUACCAUUAUACAUUAUAAGUAGUCUCUUUAAGCAGACUAGAAACAAUUAUGGAUAAGACUUUACUUAAAGGGGGUAUAGUAAGGCAUCCAUAACACAUUUAUGAAGUUUUACACUGACUGACAAACUGCUUGAUAAUAGCAGGGCACUAUCUCCAUCACUGAUCCAACACAUCUAAGCAACACAUCUCUGAGAUCAUUGUCUCAAUGACUGACCAUUAUAGUAUAGCCUACAUGCUGGCACUCUGAUCAGCUGACUCUAAAAUAAAAUAAUGUUCACACCCUCUAGCUCCUAUAUGCAAUUAACCUCAUUCAAAACACAUUUUAGAGGACUAUGUAGUCACUCAAUUAAUUGAUCAAUUCACCCUGAGAUUGAUUUGAAUUAAACUAAUAGGAAUCCAUAGAAUAGAAUAUAAUAACUUUAUUUUCCCCGGAGAUAACUUUGAUCAGUUUGCAUAUUGUUUAGUUUGUUUGAGGGUAUCAACAUGUUACAGAGUGAAUUAUUGUAAGGUAUAAAAUAUAAAAAUAGUGAAUCCAAAGGUUUCCUUACGCACACCUUUCCAGUGAUUUAACCUCUCUGCUCAACGUGAAGGUCAGAUCAGGGAUAUAUUUAUUAUGAUUCUGUUGCAAAAUGUUUCGUCUGUUGCAAAACAUUUUGCAACAGAAACGGUUUACUCCAAACGGAAAAAGUUUUGCAACGAAAAAGAGCGUUUCUAUUGGACAAAUUCAGGUAGGUCCCUCCCCAUUUCAUUCCAUUUGUUCUGGUUGCUUCUGUUUGGUUCUUAAAUGGUAAAAUGGUUUCUGUUGUAGUGAAUCCACCCCAGGCUCGUGAGGUUGCAGUCGGUAGGACUCAGCUAGUGACCAACUUAAUGUAAUGUCUUGAAGUGAAUUCCUUUAUGGCCCACAGUACCUCAUCAUUAUCACUAUUGUGAAACAGUAGUUUACUGUGUAACCAUACACUAUUAUCACACCAGCUCCAGUCCUCACACCUUUGGGCUUUCAGUAGGCUCCAAUACAAGGAUGCUUCAAAUUCGUGUAUUGCUUCAUUUUUCUUUGUUCCAUAAACCAGGAAGCUUCAUAGCAUUCAAAUAACCUUAAGUCUAUUGUAGGCAAUGGAUAAAAUAUAAUUAUAUGAGUGCUAAAAGCGUUCCAGAAUACUGUGUUCCUUUUGACAGGCUUGCUGGAGAGCAGCAUGAGGCUAAAGCCCCACGAAGCUCAAAGCUACCGCAAGAAAGCAUUGUGGGUCUCCUGGGUUUCCAUCUUUGUGACGCUGAUCCUGGCAGUAGCAGCUUUCAGUGAGUAUACGUUCUCUCGUUCUCUCUGA